CAUGAACGGUGCGCGAUUUGUCAAAGUUUCUAGAUGUUAAAGAGCCCGGAUUUACGGAUUGACCCUAGUUUUUUUUUUUAACGGGUGCCGACGUGCCCACGUUAUGUAACUUCCGUAGCUUAAACUUGCAUGAGUGCCAUGCUAUUGUUCUAAGUAGAUCAGCCAAGUUCUUGUUCGUAGGAUGAACGACACUUCAACGAUUUCAUACCCCAAGCAACUUCUCCUCCAGAUUCGUCAAGGUGUCAACUUGACUUCCGAUCCUCAACCAGAGAGACUGCUCCACUGGACCUCCCGCUCUUCUAAUCCCAUACUUCUUCAAAUCACCAGCAAGGCACUCCUAUCCCCAACAAACAACCUAUGCUUUAGUCUCAACCUCUCUAAUUCUUCUUCAAGUCUUUCUUACUUCUUUUUAUAUUCUUUGGAUUCUUUGUCGCCACUCUGACUCAUCCAUUCAGUUGCAUAAAACCAAAAAAUAUCAACAAUUUCUCUCUUCUUCCUCCUCACUAUGACUCAUUCAUGUAUGUUUUUUAUUUUUUCUUUGCUAAUGGGAAGUACAUUGUAAUCUACGGACUAAAUACCUAUUGCAAUGGAUGACUCACCAUUACGGUCAAAC